GUNGAUCCUCUAAUCAAAGUGGAAACAACCAAUCAAGAUCCUCUAAUCAAAGUGGAAACAACCAAUCAAGAUCCUCUAAUCAAAGUGGAAACAACCAAUCAAGAUCCUCUAAUCAAAGUGGAAACAACCAAUCAAGAUCCUCUAAUCAAAGUGGAAACAACCAAUCAAGAUCCUCUAAUCAAAGUGGAAACAACCAAUCAAGAUCCUCUAAUCAAAGUGGAAACAACCAAUCAAGAUCCUCUAAUCAAAGUGGAAACAACCAAUCAAGAUCCUCUAAUCAAAGUGGAAACAACCAAUCAAGAUCCUCUAAUCAAAGUGGAAACAACCAAUCAAGAUCCUCUAAUCAAAGUGGAAACAACCAAUCAAGAUCCUCUAAUCAAAGUGGAAACAACCAAUCAAGAUCCUCUAAUCAAAGUGGAAACAACCAAUCAAGAUCCUCUAAUCAAAGUGGAAACAACCAAUCAAGAUCCUCUAAUCAAAGUGGAAACAACCAAUCAAGAUCCUCUAAUCAAAGUGGAAACAACCAAUCAAGAUCCUCUAAUCAAAGUGGAAACAAUCAAACAAGAGGCUCCAAUCAAAGCGGAAACAGCCAAUCAAGAGCUUCCAAUCAAAGUGGAAAUAGCCAAGCAGGAGCAACAAAUCGAAGUAGAAGUGGAAACAGAAGAAGAAGAG